AGUUCCUUAUGUCGAAAUGCAAAAUCUUUCAAAACAAAACAUGUAAACGAUGGGGUCUCGACAACCAUCAAACGAAAAGAAAAUCACUUUUUGUGAUUUCUACAAGAAACUGCUGGUUGAAGACUUUUCGCUUAAUGUCAACCCUGAAGAUUUACAUUACGGGAAGUGUGCGGUCAUCGGAUAUUGUACAAUUGAUCGUGGUGUCUAUUUCUUAGGCAAUAUUCGUAUUACAUCUUUGAGCCCCAAUCUUCAACUACCCGACAAUGUGCAGAAAGUGUUACUAUUAACCAACCUUAGCGAACAGGGACCUCAAACAGACUGCUUUGUGGAAGUAUUCGGAGAAUCUGUUCUUUACGACAAAACAAUGCAAUUUUCCUAUGAUGUUUCAUCCAUUCCGUGUACGACAUCGCUAGACGUAUUUCGAACAAGAUGCGUUUCCGAGGAAUUAAAUGGUGUUCUACACGAGAGCUACCAUUCGAUUGUUACCAAAAAUUAUGUUCCGGCCAUCAAAGUACAUAAAAUAGUUUCUAUAGAAAAUGCCCAUGAAAUUAUGAAUUGUAAUCUGCGAUUGGAACUCAUUAUGGAUAAUAAAACAGAUGAAUAGAAACCGAAA